GCUCCACUAAGCGCCGCGUCUGAAGAUCUGCUGCCACGGAACAGUUGCGUCUCCAUCUGGCUGCCAACCCACCCGAGCUUUCUUCUCCUCCUCCACCACCACCUUCCUGCCUUCCCCCUCCUCCCCCUCCUUUCCGUCUUCCCUCUCCACCCCCGCCCCCAAUCUCCUCCUCUUUUUCUCACUACAAGCGGUUGCUGAUGCUGAAGCUGAGCGUCACUUCGGCUCCCACGGCAGACAUGGCGACAUUGACAGUGGUCCAGCCGCUUACUCUGGACAGAGAUGUUGCAAGAGCAAUUGAAUUACUGGAAAAACUACAGGAAUCUGGAGAAGUACCAGUACACAAGCUACAGUCUCUCAAAAAAGUGCUUCAGAGUGAGUUUUGUACAGCAAUCCGAGAGGUAUAUCAAUACAUGCAUGAAACGAUAACUGUUAAUGGCUGUCCCGAAUUCCGUGCAAGGGCCACAGCAAAGGCCACAGUUGCAGCAUUUGCAGCUAGUGAAGGCCACUCCCACCCUCGGGUAGUCGAACUGCCAAAGACUGAUGAAGGCCUUGGUUUUAACGUGAUGGGAGGAAAGGAGCAAAAUUCUCCCAUUUAUAUCUCUCGCAUCAUUCCUGGAGGGGUGGCUGAAAGACAUGGAGGCCUCAAAAGAGGAGACCAGCUGCUAUCGGUGAAUGGAGUGAGCGUGGAAGGAGAGCACCAUGAGAAAGCUGUGGAACUACUCAAGGCUGCAAAGGACAGUGUCAAGCUGGUGGUCCGAUACACCCCGAAAGUCCUGGAAGAAAUGGAGGCUCGCUUUGAGAAGCUGCGGACAGCCCGGCGUAGGCAACAGCAGCAAUUGCUCAUUCAACAGCAGCAGCAGCAGCAGCAACAAACACAGCAAAACCACAUGUCCUAGGCCCUUGCAGGAAAGCUACUUGAUCCAACAUCUAAUAGUCACAAGUCUGAAAAACGUGCUUCAGAAUCCCAGCACAUAGUAAAGGAAAAGACAACACUGAUAAUUAUACCUGUCAAGAAGCUGUGAACACAUGGUGUAUAAAGUCUUUACCACGGCAACUCGACACCUUCUUUCUCUGGGCUUGAGCCACCCUGUCGCCCCCCACCCCUCCCUGUUCACUGGCUCUUUACACACACAGACCUUCCAUUCACUGCAGUGAGAAUCCUCAGUGUGUAGAAGGAGAGAUGCUCUCCAGUCUGCAGACUGAAACAGUAUGAGAAGAGUAAAGUCUGUGACUUUGGAAUAAAU